AUGAGCAGCCUGUACCUACAACAACAACAACAACAAAAUCAACCUGAGCAAAAGCUACAACAACAUGGCACAAAUAGUGGACGAACAAUUAUGUCAUCCACUGAUAUAUUCGAUAUGUCAAGGAUGAGACUGACAUCACUAUCGCCCAAUUUCUAUAUGAACAAGGCCGCUUUGCAAUGUCUCCUAUUGGCCGAGAACCAUUUGGAAUGCAUACCGAUCGAGUUGAUAGAUGCAACGCCUUCAUUGGCCAUUGCAGACUUUAGUUUCAACAGUCUGGCCAGACUUCCAGAGGCCAUCAACAGAUGGCGGAAACUCAACGUUCUCAAGUUGGAUCGCAACAAUCUCAGCAUCAUCCCUGACACUAUCACCGAGUUGGUUGAGCUCGAGUGUCUGAGUCUGGCUGGCAACCUGCUCACUGAGCUACCCAAUCUCACCCAAUGUCCAGUGCUCAAGUGUCUCUCGCUACUACACAAUGUCCAUCUGCCGCCAUUCUUGACCAAGAUAUACACGCUCCUAUAUCCAAUGUCAGCCAACCAGAUUUACAUCUCUGGAUAUUGCAACGUAGACUCCCAGAUGGUAGCAGCUAUGAAUCCCACCGCCACCACUGGUGCUGAUCAGCCACUACCUUCCUCCAAGCUACCAUGCCAGCCACUCAAAGUUAGUGGUUCAUUGUUGGAGCAAAGUAGUGGCGAUGGAAGUGGAGGGGCGUCCUCCUCCUCCUCCAGCAAAAAGAACAACAGACUCAACCUGGAGAGUAGUGGAUUCACUUACUUCCCAUUCCGUCUUGAAGCUACCCAGCUUCACAAGCUCCGACGUCUGUUGCUUGGAUACAACAGCAAGAUAGACUAUGAUCGUUGCCACCACCAAUGGACAGCAUUUAAGAGUCUGAAGUUACUCUGUCUGGACCAUUGUCAGUUGGCAAUAUUCCCAUUGGGUCUUUGUGGCAUUGUAUCUUUAAGAAGACUAAGUCUGAAGAAGAACUACAUAUUGACAAUCCCAAAAGAGAUUAGGAGCUUGUACAAACUAAAGAGAUUGGACUUGUCUCAUAAUCAAAUCGAUUUUGUACCGCCAGAGGUCAGCUCGUUGUCAUCGUUGAAGACCUUGAAGCUCAACAAUAACAAUCUCAAGACGACCAAAGCCGUCGAGAACCUGGCUCGCUGUGAUGCACUUGAGAAGCUUAACCUCAGUCACAACUUCCUCACCGAGUACCCCCGCUGCUUCCAAGGCAUGAAACAGAUCCAUUGCAUACGUCUUGACAAUAAUCAGAUACCAUUCAUUCCAACAACAGAUCACAACGACAAGGCUGUGUCAGUGUCGGUUUUAGCGCAACCCACAUCACCAUUGCCCGAUGUGAUAGUACCAACAUCACCUCUACCUGAUGUAAUGUCACCAAGGUCUCCAACAUCUCCCAACUCAUUCUCCAAGAAGCCAACAAAACCUCUCCCCAAGAGGCCAGUCACAUCGCCCAACUCGGGCGGCACUCCAAACCUCUCUCAGUCGAGCUCGAGCUGCAUCACCAAGAGCAGUAGCCUCCAUGGCACAGAGGACUCAAGCAGCAUAUCAUAUUUGAGUUGCACAACUGACGCUCCGCCCAGGAUGGAGAGUACAGGACUUAUUGGUCGAGUGAGAUCAUUCACGUAUUGCUCCUCCAAUGACCUCAAGGCCAAGGAUGAGCACAAAGUACUCACACCAACUUCAUCAAUUGGCAGCUUGUACGACGAUGACCCAGCACCGACCGAUGUCACCUCCAACUACUUGGACAUCAACAACAAUCGUCACAGUCAGUUGUCUUCGCCCAGACAGACAAAGGAGAAGAGGUCAAUCACCAAGCUGACGACAGACUUUAUCAAGGAUAUGGCACACUUUAGAAAAAAGAGCAACUCGUCACCUAGCAAGAUCACCUCUCCCUACCAUCCAGAUUCGCCAACACUCUCCCCAAUGGCAUCGCCUCGCUUCGACACUGAACAAAAGAGGACAUCAUAUCCACUACAAACUAGCACCAGCCAGACUCUUUAUCCACCACCCAUUCGUCACCCCGAACAAUCAGUGUCGCUCGUGUCACCUUCGGUACUUGAGCAACACAUUGACUCGUCCCCAUCAAUAUUUGAUGAUCCAAACAUCUCCAACAGUGUCAACAACAACAACACAGCCAACAGUAACAACAGCUAUCACAGCAGGGAGUAUAGCCUCAAGAGCAGGAGCUAUUCGUUUGGCAACCUUGACCUCAAUUCGAGCUCUUCAUUACCAAUGAACUCCAUUUUGGCCGAGACUACCAAGGAGUAUGACAGUCUCAAGUCCACUGGUUCUCCCAAUCCAAACCGCAAAUCACCUCCCACAGGUGAUGUGCAGGCGCUCAGUAUCUCAUCCAAACCGCCUACAACAGCGACUGCAGCCAUCGACGCCCAGAUCAAGCAGCUCAAAGUGGAGUUCACCGAAGAGAUAUUCUUUGAUGACAAGUCACUUGGUGCAUCCUAUGCCAAGAGGAGGCUGGCUGGUCUAUUGAUACCAACAAAGGUCAACAACAUGGUUGGUGGCAGUCUUCUCUCACCUACACUGAGCAUUCACCAGAAGAAGACAUCAUCUGAAUCGUCAUCUCCUUCGACUUUAUCCGUCAGCAAGAAAAAGUCCAAAAAGAAGACAUCGUCAGACUUGGACGUUGCCAUCAAAGAGUCGCCCAGUCUUACCAACAUUGCCGGCUCGGCACAGACGUCUGCCAUUCUGGAGGGAGACGACUUUAUCCGCGAUCUCAUGUCCAGCCCUGUGUGGAAUCAGGAGAUUGAGUUCACCUCUGAAGACGGCGUUCCCAAGAUCAAAACGGCCACUGUCAAAAUGCUCGUUUGUGUUCUGACACAUGAGCGUGGCUUCAGCAAGGAGCUGGAAAACGGAUUCUUUGACACGUACACACUGUUCACCACUGUAGAGGUGGUCAUUCAGCUUUUGCAAGAGCGAUUCUACCAGACUGGCAAAAACAACUCACCGACCAUCAAACAGAAGGUGUUGCGCUUCGUUGAGAAAUGGGUGGACCGUAACUGGGAGGAUUUCUCCAUCGCCAACAUCAAUAACCUAUUGGACUUUUGCAAGUCCUGCCAAGAGACUGUGGAACAGGGCAUGACGACGACCUACUCACUCAAAAACCAGAUCACCACGCUUUAUAACAUCAUCAGGAUGAAGCGUGAUGGUACCUACAUCUCUGUAGACUAUCAGGACAGUUGGGAACAGCCUGCCCCCAUUCCUGACUUUACAUACCAGGAGAACUUCACGUUGUUGGACGUCAAGCCACAUGAAAUUGCUAGACAACUAUCAAUGAUUGAUCAUGGACUGUUUGGCAAGAUCACCAAGAAGGAGUUGUUGGAGUAUGUACAAAGCCAGUCGAAUCCGCCAGCAUCGAUUGUCAGCUUUACCAAUCGGUUCAACUAUGUCAGUCGCUGGGUGGCCAGUGAGAUUACAACCUGUCCAUCGUUGGAGAAGAGGAUCAUGUUAAUAUUUAAGUUUAUUAACAUUGCCAUUAACUGUUGGAUAUUGAAAAACUUUAACAGUGCAACAGCUAUCAUUGCUGGAUUGAAACAUGGAGCAGUUAGUCGAUUGAAGACCACAUGGUUCUACGUUAACAAUUCCAAGGCAAGUGUAAUACUACAGGAGUUUGAGGAGCUGAUAUCACCUACAAACCUCACCAAACUCAGGAAGGUAAUGGAUGCCGUUGAAGCCCCAUCCGUACCCUACCUGGGCAGCUACUUUAAUCAUUUGGUGGGCAUCACCGAGGGCAACAAAUCAACCAAGUGUGACCAGAUCAAUCUGCUCAAGUACGAGAUGAUUGGCAAGAUCCUGGCAAAGGUCCACCACUUCCAGUCCAAGGCAUACAAUCUCACCAGUGUCGGUGUGCUACAUGUGUUCCUCAACAACCUGCCCCAACUCACCGAGUCGCAGCUCUACGACUCUGUUGGCAAGAUGUCGGACUCGCACCAGCUUGCAAUCGACUCGAAUGUUGGUGGCACUGGCACAGCCAACUCCACCAAACUCUGGAUCAAGAAGAGGAAAGGAUCAACAUCCACUUCUUCCACCACAACACAAUAA